AUGAGGCCCUUCUGCGCGUUUCUGCCAUCAUUUCUCUCGUUUGUCAUUUUUCUCCUGCUCGUUCAUAAAGCUUUCUGUGCUAAAAUCAUUGGAGGUAAAGAGGUGGUUCCUCAUUCAAGACCGUACAUGGUCCUACUUGACGGGCCAGAAAUCUGUGCUGGGGCUUUGAUUAAGGAAAACUGGGUGUUGACUGCAGCUCACUGUUACUUGGAUAAAAACUCCAAGGCCAUCCUUGGAGCUCACACAAGAAAGAGCAAGGAACCAGAAAAACAAAUAACGUCCAUUAAAGAAGAGAUUAACUAUCCAGACUACAAUAGGUACACGAAAGACGGUGAUCUGAAACUUCUAAAGCUGAACAAAGAAGCAAUUCUUAAUAAAUAUGUAGAGAUCCUUGAUCUACCUAACAACGCAGAGGAUGUAAAUCCAGGAACACAGUGUAGAGUAGCAGGAUGGGGGAUGUAUCAAAGCAAUUUACGUAAGCCUUCAAAUAUUCUGAAAGAAGUCAACAUUACUGUCCUAGAAAGAAAAAUCUGCAAUGAUGAAAAUCACUAUAAUAACAAUCCUGUGAUUAAACUCAACAUGAUCUGUGCUGGAAGUCUUCAAGGUGGAACAGAUACAUGUAAAGGAGAUUCAGGAAGCCCCUUGAUAUGUGAUGGUGUUUUGAGAGGCAUCACUUCCUUUGGACGUCCAGGAAAGUGCGGAGACUCUCAAGGUCCUGGCAUCUAUACUCGUCUCACGAAGGAACAUCUCGAAUGGAUAAAGAAGAUUAUUGGGAUGAAUUAA